AUGUGGGAGUUAUUGAACGAGGAUUUGUCGAAAGUUUCCAAGGUUAAGUUGGGAGGUGAAACUGGUGAUUUCCGUUUGAUCAUGGCCAAACAGUUCCCUCGUUCUAUCCCUUUGCCAUGCGAACCAGACGAUCCCAACGCAAUGGAGAAGUUGCAAUUGGAAAUCAUUGUUCAUUCUAAAAUCAUUACGCACGAAUCUGCUCUUCUCUCCCAAAUGUUUCAAGACAGAAACCGGGACGAAUUCCAACGUUAUCCUGACAGAGGAGCCAUGCGACUUGAAAAAGACCUUGUCGGCUCAAUGCUGGUUCUCCUUGCAAUCGUCCACGGAGACACCCAAUACCUCGUUCAAUCCAAUCUCUCUACUUCGGAAUUCAUCAGUUUGCUGGAGCACGCAGAAAAAUAUGGCCUCUCACGACAUUUGGUACCGCAUCUCGGGGGAUGGAUGCCUAAUGAGUCUGGAAGAAAACUGUUUGUAUCUGGCGGCGAUAUUGUCAGGCUCGCGUGGGCUGCUCGAGAAAUCGGUUCGGGAGACAUCUACCGCGAGGAGAUCAUCAAGCUCGCCAUCCUGAUUCCAUUGACGGGCGACCCCUCGCCAAAUGUUGAACGAGACGAUUAUAACAAAUUCUAUGCCAAAAUCUUAGAGGAUGCAGAUAAGUUCCGCGAUUAUGCCAUGCUGGCCAUAAGAGAGCGGCUCCUUGAGCAUCGAAACAACGCCUCAAAUUCCCAAGGUUGUGUAAACGCCUGGGCAACCGAAGAGGAUCGCCAGAGAUGCAACUCCAUGAUCACAGAAUCCUGGAAGAAGGCUAUCAACUCGGUCGGAGAUGGAUUCGAUAGCUUCAUCAAGGAUGACCGGAAGGAGAACGAGCCGGUCAAGUGUUCAGAAUACUCUGGUCACAUUCUCAGGAUUCUAGAAACAACGUGCGAUACCAUCUGGCACCACGAGUCUUGCGAUCCUUUCAGAAAGAUGCAGGAGAUUUCGGGAGACAGCUUAUGGCCACAGCUUGACGAUACAGAAGCUGACGAUACAGAAGCUUAG